CAAGCUCUUCUUUUACCCUCGCUUCGCCCACCUCUCCUCGACCUUCUCUAUCUUCUUCAUCCUUUCCUUUCCUCAUCCUCUCUCCUCCUCUCCUCCAAUUCGCCGGAGCUCAUUCAUUCAUCACGAACGGCCAUUUCCCAGCCCUUCGUAUGUGUUUGUGCAUAUUCGAACUCGACCUUCGAAAAUCCGGCACCUACCUCCACCUCGACUAACCUCCUAGGAAUCAGGAUCAAGCCACCACCCACCCGACCGAGCUUAGAGACCGAGCAGGACGCCCCCAUACCAGCGACCCGACGAUCUCGAAAAGUCUCGAUGUAUAGGACAUUCCAGUAGCUCUCCCACCAACCCUGAAAGCUCCUCACUUGUUUUGCAACUUGCCGCAGUGCUUGGUUGUAAAAAGUCACUCCUUUGAAAGUACCCCUCAUCGUUGUGUAGCCUGUGCAGCAAUUGCAAUUUCUCUCGGACCCCCUCGCCCAAGUCAGCAAUUGGAACUUUCGAAAUCCGUUUCCUGCAGUAGAACAUAGCUCGAUUGAGAUCAAUUGAUUGUACAAGGACGCCGUCAGAAACAGUACCACCAUUACGUCUUUAUCUGCCAACAAACCUCCAUCAUGGAAGCUUCAUCACCAUUGGCUGCCAUGCAGCCCUCGUCCUUCAUGCAUGGUUGGGGCCGCAGUGAUAUAUAUACGUCCCAUCCUCAUGCCCAUAUGUCUACCGCCGGCCCUUUUGGUCCCGGAGCCUUCAACUUUCGAGAUCUCAGCAUGGGGCGUUGCAGCAAGUCGGAUUAUUUUACUAUGAAGCCUGUCCGUGGUUCUUCUCCGACAGCUAGUCUGGCGGCAGAUCUCUCCCAGAAUUUUCAUAUUGAUAUGAGGUAUAUCUCCAAAUGGGCACCUAGGACAAGCUUUCACUAACACUCCCCAGCCCGCAGUUACCCACCCCUCGCCGUUCGCUCUUUACAUCUAAUCUUUUUGGCCAACUGGAUGGAAGGGGUACGUUGGAAAGACAACGCAUGGUACAACCUUAACUAACCAUUCACAGAUUGCGUUACAACACCCCCGAUUCCAUCUUCUUCGCCUGGGCCGUUGGAGGAGAGAAUGGACAUUUCGCCAUUGCCACACAAGCAACCAUACUUUGCGUCAAUGGAAGUACAAUCUCCCACACCAGGUCCAACACCAAACACAAGAGAGACAUCGGACGAGGAUGUGAUGCAAUCAUCUCCGCCCAGGCCGGGAUUUUUGGACGCCCCGAGACCUAACAAUGAGUGAGAUAAAUUACACAUUCCAGUUGAGCCGAUCUUGAGAUUAACCAUUUUCCCCUCUAGGCGAAGGAAAUCUAUAUUACUGCGACCCUCGCUGAGCCGAUCCAAGGGCUUCUCGACUGGUGCAAUUCCUACUCGCAACCCCGAGCAAUUGCCUCCAUUUCGCUUCGGUGCUGGCAGCAGCAAGUUGUCAACGUCGACAUCGAUGUCUCUAGGAGAAUGCUUUAUGGAAUCACCACCACAGGAGCGCCGCCCUCAUUCUGCCAACAGUCCGACGAUAUCAAUUAUGGGACCUCCUCGUUCGAAUCGGCCUUUUGGGACCAUGACCUCGAGUUGUAUGAGAAAUGGGUCUCCCAUUGGAAGCCAUACAAGAAGACCAGCCAACCCAAUGAUCCGACCGAGAAAGCAGUUUCGCCGAUCCUUGAGCAUGUUUGAAAGUCCUAAUGAUGUGAUGAAGAAGGAUGAACCGAUGCCAAGUACUCUUAAUACUGUCAUGGAUGUGGAUGAGCUUCAUCAGCCAGGCUUGCCACACUUCUUUCAGGAAGGGCAACCUGAUAGUAUCCCGCGCAUUACCAAAGAGACAUUGUUAGAGAUUUUGGAUGGCAAGCAUGAUGAGAAGUAUGAUCAACGCAUGGUCAUCGACUGCCGUUUCGAGUAUGAGUUUGAUGGGGGCCACAUCAACGGAGCAGUUAAUUACAAUGAUAAAGAGCUCUUGGCUAGCCAAUUGCUUGACACAGCUCUUCCCGGCAAAACGCUGCUGAUCUUUCACUGCGAGUACUCGGCUCACCGAGCUCCCAUCAUGGCCCGCCAUAUUCGCAAACAGGACCGUUCUGCUAACGUUGAGCACUACCCGAAGCUCACGUACCCUGAAGUGUACAUCCUUGAUGGUGGAUACAGUACCUUCUUCUCCCAACACCAAGAACGUUGCUUCCCUCAAAGCUAUGUCGAGAUGGAUGCCAAGGAGCACGCCUAUACCUGUGAAAGAGAGAUGGGUCGUCUUCGUCAAAACCGAUCCAAACUUAGCCGAGCACAAACCUAUGCGUUUGGAUCUGGUGGACAGAUUGACGAGAGCCCUACGGCACCAGGUCGUAGAGGUACUUCUGGAACUGAUAUGAGCAGCAUGAUGGAUCUCAAUGCAUCUCCAUGUCUCAAUUACGGACUUGCGCGGCGUAUGGUUUCGUACUAACAUUUGCAUUUGUACGGCGUUUGGCAUCUUUUUUCAUGGCGUUGGGUUCGACAUACCAUUUAUUGAUACGGCAGGACUUUACCUGACCUGUACCCAUUUCUCAAUCCGACCUCGCAGCAUUGGUCAGUUUGUCGCUUUUUCAUCUUUGACAGAUUGAUCAUCGGCAUUCAUUUUCUCUUUGCUCGGGUGAUUGAUCUGCAUAUUUCAUCGGCAUACCUUUCUGUUUUUGCGCUUUCUUCAUAUUCUCAAUUGUUGCUAGUUGGAGCAAUGAUGGAGAUAAUCUUUCUUCUUUGGAUUCGGGAAUCCUGGACCACUCUUUUUAAUGGCCAUUGGACGCCUCGUUACAAACCAACCAAAACAUACGACAAAACGAUCGCAUAUGAAGACAUUCAUGAUCAUCCGAGUAGACAUCCGACACGCAAAACAUUUCCUAUCAUUUCAUGUCUGGUCUGGGCAACACUUGAAUACCUUCCUGACUUGACCUCUGAAAAAUCAAACUCAAUCAAAACACUUACGAUACGCCAUCAACCGCAAACUGUACAUAAGACCCGACUUCUUGCUCCUUUGACAACAACCUUCGUCUCUUAUUUUCUCGAACUUCCAACCUCCCUUUCGACGCGAUCACUUCUAUGUUGAUUCGAUUCCUUGUUCACCAAAAAUUCCUCCAUACCAACCUUUUUAAUAUCCUGAAUCGCUUUUUCGCUCGGACCUUUUUUAAUAGCCCUUCUUACAUUAUUUGGAGUGUCUCGUGCGCUUUCUACUAGCAUGAGUCUCGUCUUUUUUUGUGAGGGUGUGCAGAGAAUUGCGAAAGUUUCGGGAGGCUAAUAUUGGAAGUGGUUUUCGAGAAAAUUGGGGAGAUAGAUUGUUGUUGUUGUACCUUUGUUUAUUUGCUUCCGAGAAGAAAGAGAAGAAAUUGGAACUGGGGGGAAGCAUUCAGUGUGAUGGAACAUCAUCUUUCAUUGUUUUUUUUUCUUUUUUUCAUUUUUCCUUGUUUCCUUUAUGGGUGGUGCGCGGCUAUGUCUUUUAUACUCCAGCUGGCCCACAAAGUCAUUCACACACUUCUCUGUUUUCUUUCCACGGCGAUGGGAAGGAAUGAGAGAAAGUAGCCUGCCAAUGGGGGUGGAUGGGGUUGAUGAUGAUGCAACUUGGCAUUUUACAACCACACAUGGCAUACAACCAACCAAUACACAGACACGAGAACAAGUUUUUGCUUGAGAUGGUGUGACCUGAUAUUCAAUAGAAAUGAAAUAUUGAGAUUUUUCCAUAAAGA